AGGAGUUUGCAUUUAAUGACACCAGGAUUGAUUAAAGACAGUUUACACACGCAAUCGACCAAGGCAGGAGAUGGGACCGCUUGUGGCAAUUUUGGAGAAUAAUUUUCUUAUUGUCUUGUUUUGAUGGCACAGAAAGAAGACGAGCAUCGUAUGAUUGGAGGGACUGCAAUUGAAAAGAAGAAGAAGAAGUCUAAAACGACCGAAGAAAAUGGGGCCAUAAAAAUGAAAGGGAACAGAAAUGAGAAUGAAGGUGAGCAGAGGGGUCCAGAAGAGGGAGGGAGAGACACUGGAGAGCAGGAGAUUACCCAGAAGAAGAAGAAGAAGAAGAAGAAGAAGGAAGUGAAUCAGGAGUAUGGACACAGCCCAGACACAGAGGAGGGAGGUCAGGAGAUGAGAAAGAAGGUGGUUAAAACGACUGGAACUGAACCAGUAGAGGACAGGGACGAGGAAGAGAAUCCAAAGUUAAAAAAGAAAAAGAAAAAGCAUAAAUCAGAAGAGAGCGAAGAAAUCCAGCAGCAUCCGGUCAAAGCUGUGAAACAAAAGCAAGCCGGAGCGGAGAAGAGAAAGAAGAAAAGAAAACACAAGGAAAUGGAGCAGGAGGAGGGAGGAGGUGUUGAAGUUGAAGAGGAAAAAGGAGUGUGUGCAAAAAAAAAGAAAAGGGUGAAUGAUGGGAGAGGGAGGCAAGAGGAUGAGGGGGUCAUAGAGCCUAAGGGGAGCAAAGAGAAACAACUGAAAAAAAGGAAGAAACGGCUGGUGGAGCAAGAGGAAGGAAAAGAAGAAGGGAAGAAAAAACAGAAAGGGGUGCCAAGCGAAACCGUGUCCCCGCAACAAGAAAUGCCAAAUAAACAAAUUAAUAAAAAGAAGAAAAUGAAGAAGUAUCUGUGCAGCGAAGAGACGGAGAGUGUUGAGAAGGAGGGGACGGUGACCAAGAAGAAAGGGAAGAAAAAGGAAAAGUUAGAUGCCAUUCAGGAGGGAGAUGAUGUGGAGAGGGAAGACGGAGAUGGCGGUUCACUAAAGAAAAAGCAAAAAAAGAAGAAAGUAAUGGAGGAGGUCAAGCUGCUAACAGCAAUGGAAAAGAACAACAAGGGAGUCAAAGUGAAGAUUAAAAUAGAAGACGAGUACUAUGGAAACAAACCAGAGUUUGAGAUUGUCUCUGUGAAGCCUGGAAACACAGAUGAGGUGAAUAUAGACAAGGAACGUCGACGGGCUCUUCAGGAGGAGAUUGACCGUGAGUCAUGCCCCCCUCCACACGAUCCGGUAACGGGAGCAAGUUUCGGCCAGUGGGGCACCGCCACCUUCGGAAAUGUCGACCGGCAGAACAAGUUCCUAAGGCUGAUGGGUGGGUUCAAGAAGUCUGGCCAGUCCCUGGCCCCAGAGGGCGGGGUCAUGGCGGAGCGACCCAACAUGGCUCUGAACCAGGCUGACCAGGACCAGCUGACCCGCGGGCUGCAGGGGGAGUUUGACCGUGCCCAGAACCGGCGACUCCACCCACAGCAGAAAGGGGUGGGGCUGGGGUUCCAGUCUGCCCCCAGCAAGUUCCGCAUCGACCGUGAAGCCUCCAAAUCCGUCAAGUUUGAGGACUAACCCCUGAAGGACCGGAGACAAGAAUAGCUGCAGUUGAAAUUAAUGGUUUCUGUUUACAUUAUUGUAAUGAUAAACAGUGACAUUCCUGUACCUGCGUCCAGAUGUGAAGCACCAAGUCAACUCAGUAACACGAUGGCGAUUCUUGAAAUGCUAGCUUUUUUAAUUGUUUUUAUUCAUUCAUGCUUGAAAGCAAGCAUCCCACUGGAGGCUUAAUCCAUUCUGCCCUGUUCAUACCUUCACCCUUAGAGACCUUGCCUGUAUGCCCAUCUACCCCCCUUCUCCCCUUUGAGACUGUGGCGUCCCUCAUUCUACCCCUUCGUUACUGAAUACAGGACCCUCCUUUGAGAAUGUUAUCUACCCCCUGUUUGAAUCAUGUUCUAGUCAUGCAGCAGCUUUUUGAUUGUUUUCUAUGCAGAGACCUGGAGUUUUGGAUCUGACUGCAAUAAGUCAGGUCUUUACAGUUUCUGAUGCCACUAUGUGGAACUGUCAGGGCUCGGAGACCAGCUGACAGCCAUUUACCACAGAGAUAAAUAAUCUUUGAGUCUAUUGUGUAAAUGCAAUAAAAUGUAUUGUGCAUUCAUC